AUGCCACCAAAGAAGAACCAGCAACAGCCAGUCAAGAAGAAAGAAAAUGUCGACAAGACGUUCGGGAUGAAGAACAAGAACAGGUCGACGAAAGUGCAGAAAUUUAUCCAGCAAGUGCAGAACCAGUCAGACCCCAAGAAGGAGGAGAUGAAGCGCCAGAAGGCAGAGGAAAAGGCCCGCAGAGAACGCGAAGAAGCUGAGAAAAGAGCUUUGUUCAACCCUGCGAUGGACCAGACCCUGAAGGCAGGCGUGGAUCCCAAGACAGUGCUGUGUGCUAUGUUCAAAAUCGGGAAUUGUAACAAGGGUAUCAGAUGUAAGUUUUCGCACGACCCGAACGUGGGUCGUCGUGUGGAGAAGAAAGAUCUAUACCAGGACGGAAGAGAGGAGAAGGAAGCAGAUACCAUGGACUCUUGGGAUGAAGAAAAAUUGAGAUCCGUCAUUCUUUCCAAGCACGGAAAUUUAAGAACUACAACAGACAAAGUUUGCAAAUUUUUUAUCGAAGCUGUUGAAAACGGAAAAUAUGGGUGGUUUUGGGUUUGCCCCAACGGUGGUAACAAGUGCAUGUAUAGACAUUCUUUGCCUGAGGGAUUUGUGCUGAAAACCAAGGAACAGAAGCGUCUUGAAAGAGAAGCUCUUGAUAGCCAGCCCAAAAUUACUUUGGAAGAGUUUAUCGAGACUGAGAGAGACCGUUUGGACAAGACCAAACUGACUCCAAUUACAGUCGCUAAUUUUGCAAAGUGGAAGCAAGACCACAUUACGGAGAGAAUAAAUGCCGAGCUUAAAGAGGAAAGCAAACGUAAACCUUGUGGGCGCGAAAUCGUUCUCAAGAAUUAUACGAAUGACAAGAAAUUUGCAGAAGCUGAUGAUCUCGAUGCCACAAAGGGUUCAGCUUGGGAUCUGUCCGAAUUCACAACUGCUUUGAAAGAGGCCGAAACCAAUUCUGGCGACGGUAUCAAGGAUUAUGGUGAUGGUAGUAACCCAACCUUUGACAUCAUCACGAAAAGUCCCGCCACUGCAUCUGCAUGA